AUGAAGACUCUCCUUCGCCACUCGUCCCUGCACACGGGAGGGGCAGCUGGCGACACCGCGUCGGCGCGAGGAGGACCGUCCCCACCCAGGGGGCGGCUGGCAGGGGCCCCGCCCGGGGAUAGGACCAGCUCCAUCGUCCAGACGAGAAAGCCGCAGAGGACACGACGGAGCGAGCCGCCCCCGGCCCGAACGCUGCAACCUCCCGGCCUCAGACGCCGGCGGGCCCCAGCGACCCCUGACCCCGGGCCUCCGCCGGGCGCGGAGGGGCUCCGGUACCCCGCGGGGCUCGUCAGGGGCCAGCAGCUGACGCCUCUGCGCGCCCUCCCCGCGCUGGCAGCCCGCAGCGCCCCGGACCCCGGGAAGGCCUUCUCCCGACCGGGACGCCCGCCCUUCCCGUCCCUGCUGGCCACGCGGAACGGGCGGCGGGCCAGGCCGCGGCCCCGCUCCCACAAGCCGAGGCGCGACUCCGGCCGUCCCCCGAGACCCGCCCGCCCCCACCCGAGCUCGCCCAGUGCAGCCCGACUCUGCCCGCGGAAGCCCCUCACCGCAGCGGCCGCCGCGCCGGUUCCGCACCACGUGCCCGGUCACGCCCCUGGCGCGGGCCCGCCUCCCGCCGACCCGCCCACCAAUCCCCGGCCUCGCUCGGAGGGCUGGACCGGCCGGGCGCGGGCAGCCGGGCGGCCGGGCUUCCCCCUCCCCUCGCGCGGCCUCUCCCCCGCGCCCCCUCCCCCGCCGGGCCCGGCCGAGCCGCGGAGCCGCCCCGGGAGCGCGGGGCGCGGGCGGCGGGUCAUGGCGCGGAGCCGGCCCGGGCCGUGCGGGCGGCGCGGGCGGUGCGGGCGGCGCGGGCGGUGCGGGCGGUGCGGGCGGGGCGCGCUGCUGGCCUGCGCGGCGUGGACCGCGGGCUGGGUGCUGGCGGCCGCACUGCUGCUCCGCGCGCACCCGGGCGUCCUCUCCGAGCGCUGCACCGAUGAGAAGAGCCGGCGCAUCCUGGCCGCGCUGUGCCGGGACUACGAGGGCGGGGCGCUGGUGGGCGACCUCUGUGAGGACCUGUGCGUGGCGGGGAAGCUGCUGUACCAGCGCUGCCUGUACUACGAGAGCGGCAAGAAGGUGCUGCAGGCCGACUGGCGCGGCCGGCCCGUCAUCCUCAAGUCCAAGGAGGAGGCCUUCUCCAGCUUCCCGCCGCUCGGCCUGCUGGAGGACGCGGCCGACGGGGGCGCCCAGGACUUCCCGGAGGCCGAGCUGCUGCUGCUGGUGGCCGGCGAGGUCAAGAACGCCCUGGGCCUGGAGCUGCCCGGCGGCAGCCUGGGGUCCCUGUGGCCGGGCGGGCGCGGUCCGCGGUGGCGGGGCCAGCUGGCCAGCCUGUGGUCACUGCUGCAGCAGGAGGAGUUCGUCCUCUUCAGCCUGCUGCAGGACCUGAGCCGGCACGCCCUGCCCGUGCUGGGCUCCUGCGGCCACUUCUACGCCGUGGAGUACCUGGCAGCCGGCAGCCCCCGCCACCGGGCCCUCUUCCCCCUUGAGGGCGCGGCGGGGGGGCCCCGGGGCGGCCGGGGCCAGGCCAAGGCCGUCAGCGACAUGGCGCUCAGCUUCCUGGACAUGGUGAGCCAUUUCGAGGACGACUUCUCUCACCGCCUCCACCUGUGCGACGUCAAGCCGGAAAACUUUGCCAUCAGGAGUGACUACACGGUGGUGGCCAUCGACGUGGACAUGGCCUUCUUUGAACCUAAAAUGCGGGAAAUUCUUGAGCAGAACUGCACGGGAGACGAAGACUGCAAUUUCUUCGACUGUUUUUCCAAGUGUGAUUUGCGCAUCAACAAGUGUGGAGCAGAAAGAGUCAACAGCAACCUGCAGGUCAUCUGUGACAAGAUCUUCCGCCACUGGUUCUCCUCGAGUCUCGGCAGCUCCGCCCUGUCCUUCCCGCUGCAGCGGCAGCUGCGGGAGGCGGUGCAGGAAUGCGCGGACCCCCGGAGCACCGCGCGCAGCCCCCCGAGAGCAGCCCCCGACGUGUUCCGGAAGCUUUGGCACCUCCUCCGAGCCACGCAGAGGGAACUGCAGGACGCAGAGGAGUAGCGGCGGCGGCGGUAGCCUCGGGCGGG